AUGUCUGCUGAGAUGGAUAUGAUCGAUAGUAUUAGCUUUGAUGAAGAUACUGAUAAUGGGAAAAGGCUUUGUGCAGUGGAAACCACUCUGACUCAGCUUCAAGCAUCACUGUCUGUUCGCCGUGAGAGCGACUCCAUUAAUGGACCAGUGGUCUCUCCAUCAAUCACCGAGCGAGCAACACGCGAUGCGCCCAUGAAUCUUGUCCAAGAAAUCCGACAGAACAUCACUCCGAAUGAACAGCCCUUGGCCAACGAGGAUAGCACUGAGGAUAUGAUAAUCAAUGGCAUAAUCUCCGAGGACCUCUCUCUCAUACUUCUCCAAGGAUUCUCGAAACUGUCCAGCCGUUGGUUGUUCAUGAGUACAGACCCUGCCCAUUUACGGACCAAAUCGCCACUCCUAUUCGGUACUUGCAUCCUAGCAGGUCUACAUAUCACCCCGUCUUUACAUGGAUCAUCGACACAUCAAGCAUUAUAUCGCCACGUCCGUAGACUGCUAGGCCAAGCCCACCUUUCUUCAAUUGCCUCCCUCGACACAAUCCAGUCCAUGUUGAUAUUCUCCAUGUGGGACCUGCGACCAACUCUAGGCCCCGACCAUGGCAACUCAUGGCUUCUCAGUGGAACAGCAGCUAUGCGAACUAUCAUGACUACUUCCUUUGGUCAACUUCCAAAGACAAGCGACACUGAUGGACGCGAACACACCCAAGCACAAGAGAUAAUGCGCACCUGGAACUUGAUAUGUCUCUGUCAGCUACAGUUUUCUGUGGGCUCUGGUCGCCCACCGAUCAUCUCCAGUCAAUACUUUGACGAAUGCGACAAGGUCCUCGGUUUUACCUCCUACAAUGCACGCGAUGAACUUGUAUUGGCCGGUAUCAGGCUAUACCGAGUUCUCUGGAAAAUCAUAAAUUCGAAUGUGGUACAACGACAAAGUACCGCUUGGCCCGAAAUUGACGACUUGCGGAAGUCCCAGGACAACGUAUACAAACUCGAUUCGUCGGAACCGCUACGCUUUGCAUACUCAUGUGCUUACCUGAUCCUAGCACGUCGCACGCUGCAGCCUCUGGGAGAGUCCGAGCCAGAUGAGAUGGGAACCCCAAGGACAUCACCAGAGGAAACAGCACUUCCGUUUAUUCAAUUCGCAAUCAGCCACUCACGUAAACUUCUGAACUCAUUCGUGUCCAUGUCAGAUCUAACCACCUACAUCCACCCUGCUUACGAGAACGUGCUGUGUUCCUUUGCAAUGGUGACACUAGCCGAGUUUGUGGCGCAUGUGCAUGACGUUGGAAAUAUGAUUGUUCUCAUGGAGCAGGCCCUGACACAUAUUCAAUGUGGCGGCAAGGCGGAGCCCGUGAGCCGUUGGUCGCUGAAUAUCAUGAAGCAAUAUAUGGCAGAUGAGUUUGAUCAGGAGUCUGUGACAGUGAUGGGAGGGGAUUUCACAGGGGCUAAUUUGCAGCAUGCCCCGGAACCCUGGGAUUGUAAUGAAUGGGGAUUUGAUCAGGAAUUCCCGUCGCUUGAAGAAAUGUUCUUCGGAAAUGUGGUUUGA